AUGACCAGGCCAAGGUACAACCCCUUUAAGCACGAGUUAACAAACAUCGAUAUCGUACAUCGUGCAUCAGCUGUAGCACCUUACUCUUAUCAUAAAAAGGAAACUUUGAACAAACCCAAAUCAACUGCAUUUAAAGGGAGUAAAUGUGAAUGGGGCAUUGGUGUUUUCAUAUGCUCUAGUGAGGAUAGGCAGGCACUAGAGAUGUCAGAAAGUGAAUCAACAGACUCCACCCAAAUCGAGGGUGACCAAUCAGUUCGCCAAGUUUGUGCAAAUGGGGUUUGCAUGAAGACAAAUGUAGUUGAAGAAAAGCUAGAUAAAGGAAAUAUUCAAGAGGCCGAAUCUGCAUUACGUGAUGGUUUAUCGCUGAAUUUCGAGGAAGCACGAGCUCUUCUUGGAAGGUUAGAGUAUCAACGGGGAAAUGUUGAAGGUGCUUUACGGGUGUUUGAAGGUAUUGAUCUUCAAGCCGCUAUACAAAGGAUGCAACCUUCUAUUUCAGAGAAACAGCCUUCUAAGAAGGGCCGUUCACGAAGUGAAUCUACACACGCUGUCUUACAGCAUUCUGCCAGUCUUGUGCUUGAGGCCAUAUAUUUGAAAGUCAAAUCUCUUCAAAAGCUGGGGAAAUUGGCAGAGGCUGCUCAAGAGUGUAAAGGCGUGCUUGAUGCAGUGGAAAAGAUAUUUUAUCAUGGCAUACCUGACGUGUUGGUAGCGAAUAAGCUGCAAGAAACUGUAAGCCAUGCGGUCGAGCUCCUUCCAGAGCUGUGGAAGCAAGCUGGUUGCUAUCCUGAAGCAAUGUCUUCAUAUCGAAGAGCCCUCCUAAGUCAAUGGAAUCUCGAUAAUGAUUGCUGCGUGAGGAUUCAAAAAGCAUUUGCUAUUUUCUUGUUGUAUGGUGGAGUAGAGGUUGGCCCACCGAGUUUAGCUGUACAAAUUGAUGGAUCGUAUGUUCCUAAAAACAAUCUGGAAGAGGCAAUUUUACUUUUGAUGAUUCUCAUGAGAAAAUUUUACCUUGGGAAGACCAAAUGGGAUCCAUCGGUUCUCGAACAUCUUACUUUUGCUCUAUCCCUAAGCAGCCAAACUUCUGUUUUAGCCAAGCAACUUGAAGAAGUCAUGCCUGGGGUAAUACAUCGUGUUGAUCGUUGGAAUGCAUUGGCCCUUUGCUUUAUUGGAGCCGGACAAAAUAAAUCUGCCUCAUAUCUACUCAGGAAGUCUCUACACCAACAUGAAGAGCCAGAUGAUAUUAUGUCACUAUUGCUGGCUGCGAAAAUUUGCAGCGAGGAUGUGUUUCUUGCUGCUGAGGGAGUGAAAUAUGCACAGAGGGCAAUUGCUAAUGCACAGGGAGUAAAUGAACAUUUAAAAGGUGUUGGUCUCCGUAUGUUGGGCCUGUGCUUGGGAAAGCAAGCAAAAAAUUCUUCUUCAGACUUUGAGAGAUCCCGUCUUCAGUCGGAAGCUCUGAAAUCAUUAGACAGUGCAAUAGCCCUGGAGCGUGAAAAUUCCGAUGUAAUUUUCGAGUUAGGAGUUCAAUAUGCUGAGCAACGGAAUUUGAAUGCAGCUUUGCACUAUGCCAAACAGUAUAUCCAUGCAACAGGAGGAUCUGUGUUAAGAGGUUGGAGAUUGCUUGCUUUAGUUUUAUCUGCUCAACAACGAUUCAUGGAGGCUGAAGUGGUUACGGAUGCUGCUUUAGACGAAACAACAAAGUGGGAACAAGGACCACUGCUCAGGAUGAAAGCAAAGCUGAAGAUUUCCCAGUCUCUUCACAUGGAUGCUAUUGAGACUUACCGAUCCCUCCUUGCAUUAGUCCAAGCCCAAAGAAAGUCUUAUGGGCCACUUUUAAGAGUGCCUCAGUUGGAAGAUGACAAAAUAAAUGAGUAUGAAGUUUGGCAUGGGAUGGCGAACUUGUACUCUAGCCUAAGUCAUUGGAAAGAUGCAGAGAUAUGUUUGGGAAAAGCUAGAGGUCUUAUCAACUAUUCUGCAGAAACACUGCACACUGAAGGCGUUAUGCAUGAAAGACGUGGACAACAUAAUGAAGCUUUAGCUGCUUAUAUAAAUGCCCUUUUGUUGGAACCGAACUAUGUACCUUGCAAGAUCUUAAUUGGUGCGCUGUUGAUUAAGAUGGGCUCCAAGAUGUUGCCAGUUGCCCGAACUCUACUCUCAGACGCUUUAAGAAUUGAACCGACCAAUAGUAUGGCUUGGUAUAAUUUGGGAUUGGUUCAUAAGGAUGAUGGCCGAAUAGCCGAUGCUGUCGACUGUUUCCAGGCUGCUUCCAUGCUUGAUGAGUCAGAUCCUAUUGAAUGUUUCAGUUCCAUUAUUUGA